AUGGCACAGUUCACUUCUCAUGGUCGGUUGAAGCUGUUUUUCAAUGGGGAAAGUGUAUCAUCUUUUUUGGAGAACAGAGACCCUUUUCAAUUCAAGUGUAGAUCAAUUCAGACUCACAGGAGAGGAUCAAGUUACAAAGGUUCUUCUUCUUCUGCUGCUGCUGCUAGAUUUCAUCAUGCAUCUUCUUCAUUUCUCAGAAGCAAAUCAAACUGUUAUAAUGCUGAAGCACGCCCAAGUGAGGGUGUUCAUGAUGGAUAUGAAUAUGUUUUGGAAUAUGAUGAUUAUGAUGAUGAGGAUGAGGAUGAGGAUGAGGAUGAUGAUGGUGAUGAUGUGUUUGAGAGAGAUGGCUUGUCUUGUUUCCGGGGUCUUGUGUUGGAUAUAUCUUACAGGCCAAUCAAUGUUGUAUGCUGGAAGCGUGCCAUUUGUUUAGAGUUCAUGGAGAAGGCUGAUGUACUAGAGUAUUAUGACAAGACUGUGAAUUCCCCCAGCGGAUCUUUCUAUAUACCAGCUGUUUUAAGGAUUCGUCAUUUACUUCAGGUUAUUAAAAGAAGAAGAGUAUCAAAGAACACUCUUAGUCGGAAAAAUAUUCUGUUUAGAGACAAUUACACCUGUCAGUAUUGCUCUUCGCAUGAGAAUUUGACGAUUGAUCACGUUGUGCCAGCUGCACUAGGGGGAGAAUGGACAUGGGAAAAUCUAGUGACUGCUUGUUUCAAAUGCAACUCAAAGAAAGGUCGAAAGUCCAUAGAGGAAGCAAAAAUGAAGCUGAAUAAGGUCCCAAAGGCACCAAAGGACUAUGAUAUUCUUGCCAUACCUCUAACAGCAGCAGCUCUAAGAGUGCUGACAGCAAGAAAUGGGACACCAGAUGAAUGGCGUCAGUAUCUAAGUUCCGACUUUAGAACCAUGAGUUAG